AUGCUCACCUCCGGUCUUACCAAUGCGCCCCUCACCAAAGCUCUCCUAAUUUACACGAUCGCCUCCUCCGUCGCGCUCUCAAUCUUCGACAUCAAAUACCUCGUCGUUAUCCAAGUCUCGCCUCAUUUCUGGCCCUAUGCCCAAUUCUGGCGCGCGCUCGUAUGGCAGGUCGUCGGCUUUGCCAAUUCCACCGAGGCCCUCUUCGCCGCUAUGCUAGUAUACCACAUGCGGGUUGUUGAACGCGCGUGGGGCAAGCGCAAGAUGGCGACCUUCCUGUUGACCACGUUGCCGUACACGACUCUCCUCCCUCCCCUCUUCCUCGCCCUCCUGCUCCGCCCUCUCUCCUUCAACAAUCUAAACUACCUCCCCUCCGGCCCAACAGCCAGCCUCUUCGCCCUGCUGGCGCAGUACUACGUCACCAUCCCGCACACCUUCCGGUACCGCAUCGGGACGACGCCAUCCGACAGCCCAGCCGACGCAGAUCAGCAGCCCAAACCCCCACCACCGAGUCUCAGCCUUCUCCUCUCCGACAAAUCAACCACCUACAUCGUCGCUUCCCAGCUCGCCCUGUCCCAGUUCCCGGCCAUGAUCCUCCCGGCUGUGCUGGGGUGGAUCGUUGGCGUGGCCUGGCGCGCGGAGCUACUACCGGGUCUUUCACCCGUUAGCUCUGGGUUCCGUGUUCCGGCUUGGAUUGUUGGUGAGACGGAGCGGAGGACGGGGGCUGGGAAUGAUUCCGGUGAGAGGGAGAGGUAUGAGGAUUUGAGGCGGAGGUUGGAGGGGGAGGUUGCGUCGGCUUCAGGGUUGGAGGGAGCUAGUGGACAGGCUCAGAGACGGGGGAAUGCAGGUGAGAGUGGUGGGUUUGUAGAUAGAUUGAGGGGUGCUUGGUAG